AUCCCACCAGACCUGGCUUUCACUUCACUUUCACUCACAGGACCUGGAUCCAAUAUCAGAACUCCCACCAUGGCUCCUGCCAUUGAUGUGUAUACUAAAUCCUACUGGAAAAUUUGCCGGUAAUAUUUAGUCCAGGAAAACACCUAAUGUCAACUAGGAGUCCUAAAGAGAGACAGCACAGAAACAGGAUCUUCAGCCCGUCAGGUGCUUAAAGCUUUCCAAAAAGCACAAUGACAGAACACUUCGACUGCCACUACUGCAAGGAAUCUCUCUUUGGGAAGAAAUACAUCCUUCGAGAGGAGAAUCCUUAUUGUGUUAAGUGCUAUGAAUGUCUUUAUUCUAAUACCUGUGAGGAAUGCAAGAAACCAAUUGCUUGUGACAAUAAGGACUUGUCCUAUAAAGACCGUCAUUGGCAUGAAGCCUGUUUCAAUUGCUUCCAGUGCAAGCGAUCGCUAGUGGAUAAGCCUUUUGCUGCCAAGGAUGAGCAGUUGCUCUGUACAGAGUGUUAUACAAAUGAGUAUUCCUCCAAGUGUCAGGAAUGCAAGAAAGCAAUAAUUCCAGGCACUCGCAAGAUGGAACAUAAGGGUAACAGCUGGCAUGAGACUUGUUUCAUCUGUCAUCGCUGCCAACAGCCAAUGGGCACAAAGAGCUUCAUUCCCAAGGAUGAUAAGAACUAUUGUGUGCCUUGUUAUGAAAAGCAGUUUGCCAUGCACUGUGUGCAGUGCAAGAAGGCAAUUACCACAGGAGGAGUCACUUACCAUGGUCAGCCCUGGCACAAAGAGUGUUUCCUGUGUACGGGAUGUAAAAAGCCACUUGCUGGACAACGAUUCACCUCACGAGAUGAAUUUGUCUACUGCCUGGAUUGCUUCAGUAAUCUCUAUGCCAAAAAGUGUGCUGGCUGUACCAAUCCAAUUGUGGGUCUUGGAGGAACCAAGUACAUCUCAUUUGAGGAACGUCAGUGGCAUAACGAUUGCUUCAACUGUAAAAAAUGCUCCAUAUCCCUGGUGGGCCGUGGUUUCCUCACAGAACGAGAUGACAUCCUUUGCCCUGAAUGUGGGAAAGAUCUGUGAGAGGAAGUCAGUCAGGAAAAGAUCUCACAGCAAACUUGACUGCAGCUGCGUUAAAACAAAGUAACCUGGCUGUCACUUGCUGUGGUGUGAAUUGCCCACAAUUAUGUUAAAUGUGAUUGAGGUUGACAAUUGAGAGUUAUUAUUAAAAGCAGUUUACAAAAUGUUUGUGAAUUCACAGAAAGCUUGCAUGAGUACACUGGGACAGGUGAAAAAUUAGUAUUUUAAUCUAACAGGAAGGCACUGAUGAAAUAAACCAAUAUUAAAUAUCUCUAUACUAUAACUACCAAAACAUAGUGGUGCACAUUAUCUCAGCAAAGGAUGAAAACUUUGGUGAAAGAGCAUUGAAGGGUUUUUCUUUUUCUCGCAGAAGUGGUACAGAUUUAAACAUUUGCAACAGGCCGUAAAUUGAACAGGCCAGCAACAGAAGUGGAAUUAGUAAUUGCAAGAUCUUAUAACUAGAUGACUUGGUCUGCUCUCUGCAUUCACUUAUAGCAAAACAUGUUUGAAACUAAAUCUUAUAUUAUACUGCAUGGUUACAUAGGUGAAUAGUGAAUAAUGAUUGUAGAUGCCUCUAUGUAUUUCAUUAUUUUUUUCAGCCAUUAAA